UGAAAUCUCUAACUCACACAAACCCUAUAAAUUAAUAUCUAAGUAUCAAGAACCUUAACCAGUGCUCCAAAACAUUAUGUGAACAGAAUAAAAAGUGCAAGUGAAGUGACAAUAGUGUUAAAUAUCAAAAUGGCCACCUCAGUGCCGCCCCGGGUGUCCCGGAAUGUGUCGUUGCCUGCUGGAAGACAGCCGCCGACGGUGGCCAUGUUGGCUCGGAGGACGCUGUCUGAAAGUGACCUGGAGCCGGGAGCAGCUACCGCGCCGUCUGGGUCGUCCAGCAGCUCGAGUCUCUCCUCCCGCAGCAACGAGAGCAACACCGUCGCUGCUGAGCAACAAGCGUCCCAGUCUGACUGGUCGGAGGAGGACGAGCCGCUGGCGGCGCAGUGGGCGGACAGCCUGCCGCCGCACGUUCUGGAGGCGCUGCAGCUGUCCUCCAGGUUGAGGAAGCGCCAGGAGGUCAUCCAUGAACUGAUUGUAUCCGAGGGCUCUCACGUGCGCUGGCUGAAGGUCCUCUGCCGCGUGUUCCUUCGUCCCUUGGAGGCGGCACCAUCGCUACUGCCGGCCGACGAGCUUCGCGCGCUAUUCCCGAACUUGCCCGACGUGCGAGACUGGCACGCAGCGCUGCACGCGCGUCUUCGUGCGGCGAGACAUAACGCGCCCUCGCAUCUCGUGCCGUUGAACGCGCUCGCCGACGCCAUGUUGGCCACGCUGGGCGAGCCAUCGUACGCGGCGUGUUUAUCCCGCUUCUGCCGCGGGCAGCGCCUGGCUUUAGAGGCACUUCGAGAGCGCCGGCGCAAGAACAAGGAGCUGCACCAGUUCCUGGCCACGCGCGAGCAGCUGCCGCUGUGUGGGCGGCUCCAGCUGCGCGACCUGCUCGCCUGCGUGUGGCAGCGGCUAACCAAAUACCGCCUACUCCUCGAGAGCGUACUCAACACAGUGUGCGAGGAAGAGGAUGACCCGUCUGAUGUGGUGCAGUUGAGGCGCGCACUCGACGAGGCCAAGUAUAUGCUGCACAGCGUUGAUACCUCCAUCCGAGCCGCUGAGAACGAGCACAGACUGCGCACAAUCCAGAGCAAGCUAGAAGUGCGCGUGGAGCGCGGCGCCGGUGCCGAGUGGGACGAGCUCAAGCGGCUCGACCUUACGCAGCAUCGUCUGCGGCUUGAAGGAGACCUCAGCUUGCGCCACGAGUCGUCUAAAAAGACCGCCAUGCUGGCGCUGAUGUUCGAAGAGAUGCUGGUGUUACUGCAGCGCGAGGGCGACAAGUACGUGCUGCGGCCCAUCCCGCAGCCCUCGCAGCACGCCGCGCUCUCGCCGCUCAUCAAGUGGGACAAAGUCCUGUUCCGGCCAAACGCAGCGGUCCGCAACACGUUCUUCCUGAUGAACAUCAAUGGUGUCCAGAUGCACGAACUGUCUGCUAACUCCAACGCUGAUUAUAACACGUGGGUGAACUACAUCCAAGAAGCCCCGCUAGCGAAGGUGGAAUUGAAGCAGAGUGUAACUCCCUCGCACCAGGCCAGCCGCUCCACUGACGACUCGGGCAUCAACGUAUCCCGUAACCCAUCGGACGCAUCCGAAAAAUCCAACCUAACGGCCGAAGACACCGAGCCAGAGCGAGACAGGUGCUCGUUAGAACGCGCCGAGAGCGACAGGGACAGAGCAUCCACCGAGAGGAGCGUGCCGGACAAGGACAGCACGAUGGAGGACAAGGAGAAAGAAAAUCAAGAGAAGUGUGAUAAAGAGCCCGAGGCAGUGGAGAGAGAGGAGAAACAUGUCCCACGGCGCCCAACAGUGGGCCGCAUAAGCACGCACGCCAGCAACACUGCGCCGGGAUUAGAACCUACGGGAGCCAUUACUGUGCGCCCGCCCGUCGCCGCCUCCGCUCAUACUGCCGAGACAGCGUAUACCUACCAAGAGCGUCUCCGCCGCCUAGACGAAGGCAUCGUGGCAGCACUAGCGGCCAAGCGCGCGCUCGUGGGCCGCGCGCUCGGCGUGCCCGCGCCCGCGCACGCGCAUCUGGCUGAAUUGGCCGUCGCAGAGGCGCUGGGAGACCUUGACAUCAACCGCGAGCUGCGCGCGACGCGACAGAGUUCCCGCGAGAGCAGCGACGACGACGCGCCGCAGGAGCCCGACGUCAUGCAGCUGCUGCUAGCUGCUCAUGAACAAGCAACCCAGCUAACCGAAGCGAUCUCCAAAGCGUUGACCGUGAACGAAGCCGCCGUCGUGGCCGCCCGCGCGCGUCGUGGCCGCUGCAACAACUGUCGCGGCCCCGUCGUGUCGCAGCAGUCCGUCGCGUCGCAGCACGCCACGACGCCGCCCGUCGCGCCGCCCGCGUCGCCGGCGCCGCAACAGGCCGUCGCGAGCGUGGCGAGUGUCGUGACGCCUGUAGCGAGCCUUGUCACGCCGGCGGUUAGCCGGACCAGUGUUGCAGAUACCCCCGAGUUCUCCAGACCCCUCGAAGACGGCGACCAGUCCCUAGACCGGCAGGCGGCGUCGUCGCUGGCGCUGCUGGAGCGCUCGCUGUCCAGCGACGCGUCGUACGACAUGCUGCGCGAGCUCGACGCGACCGCGCAGCCCGAGCCAGACGCCGGGGACGCGCUCGAGAGCAACGCAUCAGCAGCGCUACUAGCCGCCAAACUGACGCGGCUCGCGUGCGGCGUGCAGAGCUCCCUCUCGGGGCUCAUCCUGGCGCUGCCGCACGACGCGCCGCCGCGCGCCGCCCUGCGCGCCCAGCUGGCUGCCGCUACCGAGCGCGCGCAUAGGUUGCACGCUGCGCUGGCUAGCCAGGCGCCUAACGAUUACCAAAUGACAGAUGAGUACUUCAUCAAACCGGAAGGGGAGCUGCCUAUACAGGACCAACCAAGCAACGGAGGGUGAUCGACUCGACGAGUGAACUCAAACCGACUACCGCUCGCGCGAUGACCACGACUAACCACAGCAUACGCGUCACUAACCUGGCAGGUCCAACGCGACUAAACCACGAUAGAGCUAAAACCAUCCAGUUUUAUCAAAAUCGAUCAAGCAUUUACGCAAAAAUCAUCAGUAACGAUUAGCAAAUCGACAACCAUUAUAGAAACUGUAUAUUUUGUAAUAAUUGUUUUUUUUUUUCGUUAGCUUUACCAACUUGUAAGUACGAAUCUAAUGUAGUAUUAAAAAUAUAAUGUUAUUAUUCCAUACGUAAGUUAAUGUGAUCAUUUGUAAAUGGACAGGUUAAGAGAAAAUGUAUUUUUUCUUCGUAACGAUAUAUGUAUUUUAUUUCUAUAUAUUUUUUUUAUUAAUUUGAGUGUUAGAAACGUUGUAAAUAACUAAAAAAGUAAUAAAGUCACUCUUCCUGUUAUGUAUAUUUUUUGUAUAAAAAUACAGCACUUCGAAAAUGUAUAUUGAUCUUUGAAAGUAUUAUGUAUGACAAUAUUGUUGAUUGCAAACAAAAUGUUGAAUCCGCGACGACAUUUCUGUUUAUGGAUGAGAUUGUCUUUCGUCAAGAGUGUUUGAACCUAAUAUACAUGAAUUAAAAUAUACUUCAUCUUAUACUUAGAUAUAUAAAUUAGAAUGUCUUGCGAACGAUGUGUAGUGCUUUUAAUAGCAUCUCAUAACACUCUUGACUCGAAUAUACGAGAUUAAUAUGAUCUUCUAUGUAUAAUAUGUGCAUCUGACGUGACUGGUCAUUAUAUCGUUCACAAUACGACAACGUAGUACCAAACGAGCUGUAGAGGCAAAGUAGGAGACAGCUAAAUAAAAAUAACUGAAAAAAUACAUAAAUUAGUUGGAAACGUAUAAAAAAUAAAUAAUAAAAAUAUUUAGCAAAGUAGUGAUCUAGUUUGUGAUAACUUUUUGAGUACACUUAUCGCUUUUUAUAUAAAAACCAGUAACAUAUUAUUAAUAAUAAUCACAUGGUUAAAACUUGCAUAUAUAACUUUUGUAGUUACUUUUCUCCAACACUAAACCUAACUUGUUUCUACAGUUCUGUAUUAUUAAGCUGUAAGUAUAUACGGAUUAAUAUAUAAAUGUAUGUUUAACACAAAGUGCCCUAAGACUAUAGUACCUUGAACCAUGCCAUAUUUAGUACAGAUAUAGCAGAGCGUGUUAACUGGACUGUAUAAGCCGUUUAAUAUAUAAUUUAUACAGGCAUUCAUAUCUCGUAUACGACUUUUAAUGUAUAACUAAAAAUUUAAUACAUAUAAACUUCACUUUUAUGAUACGUAUAUUAAUGAAAUCAUAUUCAUAAAAUCCAUUCUCCUGAAAUAAUUCAAAAGUAAAAACUUGCUGGUUUAAAUAUCUUUUUAAAUACAUUAAUCAUGGUAAGUAUUAUCGUUUUGUAGUAGUUUUUAUUUACGCCUGUAUAAUUAUGUUGAGAUAUAUUAUAUUUUGAACAGCUUGUAUAAUUUACCAAAUGUAAAACAUGUACCUACUGUAAGAUAUCGCCAUUUUAGCAGCGCAACGUUUUAUAUAAAUAUUAUACACGUUUAAUAUGUGCAUUAUACAAAUAUAUAUUUUAUACAUUAGGCUAGGUUUAGACCAAAUGAAUCCCAUCCAUUUUCGUCUGCGUAUUUGUAUAUUUAUAUAUAUCGUGAGCUUUCAUAGGUUCUUUUUAUUGUAAAAUCGCUUGUAUCUACGACUGUAUGGCAAAUAUCACAUUUUAAACAACUACGCUGUUUAUCAGUUGUUAGCUUUUGUAAAUUGUAAUAUAAACCAUGUGCCUUUUUAUUUAUUUAAAGUUGAAUCAUUAUACUUUAAUCGAUUCGAAAUUAUUUAAGAAUAAGUUUUGUUUUAUGAUUUUAAAUGCGUGUAAAUUACCCUUAUAAUAAUUUGUUAUAAUAUUUUCUUAUUUUAUAUUUUAAUAAUGUGAUAGUUGUCAUUUCAGUUUAUAGGAUUUGAUGGAAUAACUAUUGCCCCAACCAUUUGGAUAUGUAACGCACCAAUCGCUAACUUCGCUUCAUACAAUAUAUAAAUUAUAUGACAUGUAUUGGAAGUCAUCAAAACUUAGUGAAUUGUAUAUUAUACUUAUAUAACUAAUAUAAAUUGUUUAUUGUAUCCAAGAAUAUGUGCAAAAUGCACGUCUGUGUGGGGCGUUUAAACAUCAAGGAUCUUAAAAAUAGGGUCAAAUGCCCUGUUAUAGUCCAAGUGACCCGACAAUGGGUCUUCACAGUAGUUUGUUUUGCGCAUACUUUUGCAAUGACCCGAUGUAUUCCAUCGCUUCCUGCUCGCUUUAAUAACACUGCGUACGAGAAUAUGUAAUAAAUAGUUAGUGGUAUAAAAUAAAUACCGUUACAUUCAAAUGUA